UCGUUGAAAUCGACCAUGGCUGCGGAGGCUAAGUUCCAUGUUCUCGCCGUUGAUGAUACCCUCAUCGAUAGAAAACUCAUCGAGAAGCUUCUCAGGACUUCUUCUUAUCAAGUUACCGCAGUGGAUUCUGGAACCAAGGCAUUGGAGUUUCUUGGAUUGAAUAACAAGGAGAGAGAUUCAAAUUCCGACGUGGAAGUCAAUUUGAUCAUCACCGAUUAUUGUAUGCCGGGAAUGAGCGGCCACGAUCUGUUGAGAAAAGUCAAGGGCUGUUCGUCUUUGAAAGACAUACCGGUUGUGAUCAUGUCCUCAGACAAUAUUCCGUCUAGAAUCAAUAGAUGCCUGGAAGAUGGAGCCGAAGAGUUUUUUCUGAAGCCUGUUCAAUUAUCGGAUGUGAACAAGCUCAGGCCUCAUCUGAUGAAAUCAAGAUGUAAGCCAAUUCGUAACAAGAGGAAGGCCGCGGAAGGAAUCGCGUCCCCUGAUAGAACAAGUAGAUACAGUGGAAUUGGAAGUGUGAUUCAAUCGCCUAAUUAAUUCAAUAUUUUUAUU